AUGGAAGAGUACAACGCGUUGUUGAUGCUGAACAGAAGGGUUCGCACGAUUGGGGAGGAGGAGGAUUCCUCGUAUUUCAACCCAUUUGAGUCGAGUAUUGGCGGAUCAACGAGGCUGGAGAAAAUCAUCGAUCAACGUUACCAAUCCAAGUCUCACGUUGCCACCAUUGGCGGGCCGUUCGUUUGCUUCGAUUGUGGAAAGAGAUACAAGUGGCACGACAGUCUGAGAAGGCACAAAAGGGUCGAUUAUGCCUACGUCUCGUUGCAACUGCCUUAUGGUUUGCCAUCAGGAUUCCAACCUUACUCGGCCAACGUGAAUUUAUCUCAAAAAGACGAAAUGAAAUAUUUGCGCGGCGACGGGAGCAACCUGAUGAAUAUUUGUUUCGGUUGUGGGAAGAGGUACAAGUGGAGGGACAGUUUGUUGAGGCAUCAGAGAGUUGAGUGUGGUAACAAGGAGAAGAAGUUUUGUUGCAAAUUGUGCCCAAAAAAAUUCUAUCACCAGUACAAAUUGAACGAGCAUUAUCAAGGACGGCACAAAAUACCCAAGCCUCGUUAA